GGACAAACGGACGGAGACAGAGCAUAACUGAUUGGAUCGGUAAAGAACAGAGUGAUAGAAUGGCAGGUGCCAUUCGAGUUGGCCGAUUAAGCACCGGCGGUGGAGGAGCCGGAGUCGGUGCAGGAGGGCUUCGGAGCUUCUUCUCUUACCGGAUCUUCGUCUCUGCUAUGUUCACUCUUCUCUUCCUCGCGACAGUCUCUGUUCUCUUAACCACUAACCCCUCUACCUCCAAUCAAGAUUCAGUUUUGCCGACGAGUUCCGGGCCUCAUGUUCGCGCCUACGUUCACAGGACAUUUCUUGCGCUGAAGUCGGAUCCACUGAAGACAAGGGUUGAUUUGAUCCACAAGCAGGCCAACGAUCACGUCGCCCUUGUCAAUGCUUACGCUGCGUAUGCUCGGAAGCUCAAGCUUGAGAACUCGAAGCAACUCCGGGUUUUUGAAGAUCUGGCACGUAACUUCUCCGAUCUUAUUUCACGCCCUUCUUAUCGUGGUGCCUUGUUCGACACGGACGGAGCGGUCGAGGAAGACGUGCUUCGACAGUUCGAGAAGGAGGUGAAAGACAAGGUCAAACUCGCUCGCCUACUGAUCUCAGAAGCCAAGGAAUCUUUCGAUAAUCAACUCAAGAUCCAGAAGCUCAAAGACACCAUUUUUGCUGUCAAUGAACAGCUCGCGAAGGCAAAGAAACAGGGAGCUUUCUCUAGUCUAAUUGCCGCAAAAUCUAUCCCUAAGAGCUUGCAUUGUCUGGCGAUGAGACUAGUCGAGGAACGCAUUGCACACCCGGAGAAGUAUCGGGAUGGUGGUUUCGUGCCUGAAUUCGAAGAUCCCAGUCUCUACCACUACGCGAUUUUCUCAGAUAACGUGAUUGCUGCUUCGGUUGUGGUGAAUUCUGCUGCGAAGAACGCAGAGGAACCAUGGAAGCAUGUGUUCCAUGUCGUCACCGAUAGGAUGAAUCUUGCAGCGAUGCAGGUAUGGUUCAAGAUGAGACCUGCCGAAGGUGGUGCCCAUGUUGAGGUGAAGGCUGUGGAGGACUACAAAUUCUUGAAUUCAUCUUAUGUGCCGGUUCUCAGGCAGCUUGAGUCUGCGAACUUGCAGAGGUUUUACUUUGAGAAUCGGGCGGAGAAUGCGACUAAAGAUGCAAAUAACUUAAAAUUCAGAAACCCCAAGUACUUGUCUAUGUUGAAUCACCUCAGGUUUUACCUGCCUGAGAUGUACCCGAAGUUGCAUCGGAUCCUGUUUCUGGAUGAUGAUAUUGUGGUGCAGAAGGACCUCACAGGCUUAUGGAAGAUUGAUAUGGAUGGGAAGGUGAAUGGAGCUGUAGAGACUUGCUUUGGGUCCUUCCACCGCUACGCUCAAUACAUGAACUUCUCUCACCCACUUAUCAGGGAGAAGUUUAACCCCAAGGCUUGUGCCUGGGCAUAUGGCAUGAAUUUCUUCGACCUUGAUGCUUGGAGGCAUGAAAAGUGUACUGAGCAGUAUCAUUACUGGCAAAACCUGAACGAGAACCGGACUUUGUGGAAAUUGGGUACCCUUCCUCCGGGCCUUAUCACAUUCUACUCAACAACAAAGCCUUUGGACAAAUCAUGGCAUGUGCUUGGGCUUGGUUACAAUCCAAGUAUUAGUACGGAUGAGAUUAGCAAUGCUGCAGUUAUCCACUUUAAUGGGAACAUGAAACCAUGGCUUGACAUUGCAAUGAAUCAGUUCCGGAACCUCUGGACCAAAUAUGUGGACUAUGAGAUGGAGUUUGUGCAAAUGUGCAAUUUUGGACUCUAGAUCAAUAGCUUCUCUCAUGGGACAGCUAUGAGGUAAUGCAAAAAGAGUUGCAAGUCACGUUCCUGUUCAGGCACUUGGAUUUUUGGUUGGUAGCCCCUUAUCAGUUAGUUAAAGAUUUUUGGAGCGAAGCUCAUUAAUAUUUCUUAGUUUGCCUUGGAUGAAAUACAAUGUUACCGUUCCUUUUUAUUUUUGAAUGUCAUCAAUUAUGAUU